AUGAUUGUCGUUCACGCUCCAAAAACUUAUUUCGGUUCAGGAGAUAUACAAAAAUCAUUGGGUUCUCUUCCUGGAUUUCCAUGGGCGAAAUAUCCCGGAGAAAAACAUCUUCCCGGUCAUAAUUACACCGGUCCAGGUACUAGGUUAGAUCUGCGAUUAGACGAAAACGAUAAACCCAAACCAGGCGAAGAACCAGUCAAUAGAGUUGACGCCGCUGCGCUUAAACACGAUAUUUUAUACAGAAACAAAGACAUACAGUUUAGACACGAAGCAGACAAACAAAUGAUAAUAGAACUUGAAAAUAUUCCAAAUCCAACUUUCAAAGAGAGAAUGGAAAGAGCAUUAAUCGUUAAACUGUUAAAAGCAAAGAUGAAAUUAGGUAUGGGAUUGGCGGAUGAAAUUCAUAAAGAAUUUAGUAAAAAAUAA